CAGGCGCGGGGUCCGCCCUUUCGUCCCCGCUGUAGCGGCGGCCGUUGCCAGUAGCGGCGGCGCGAGGGGCGCCGGAAGCGGAAGUGGCGGGAGCGCGGCGGACGUCCGGCGGUGGGAGGCAUGGCGUCCGUGGUGCUGAGCGAGGCGGAGAAGCUCUACAUCGUACAUGGCAUCCAGGAGGACCUUCGUGUAGAUGGUCGUGGCUGUGAAGACUACAGAUGUGCAGAAGUAGAAACAGAUGUUGUAUCAAACACAAGUGGAUCUGCAAGAGUAAAGCUGGGACACACUGAUAUCUUGGUAGGUGUAAAAGCUGAAAUGGGGACACCGAAGUUAGAGAAACCAGAUGAAGGUUACCUGGAAUUCUUUGUUGACUGUUCUGCAAAUGCUACUCCUGAAUUUGAAGGCCGGGGAGGAGAAGAACUUGGCACAGAGAUAGCAAAUACAUUCUACAGAGUAUUUAGCAGCGAGAGCAGUAUAGACUUGAAAUCACUUUGCAUUAAUCCCAGAGAGCAUUGCUGGGUUCUCUAUGUUGAUGUAUUGUUAUUGGAAUGUGGUGGCAACCUCUUUGAUGCAAUCUCUAUCGCAGUGAAGGCAGCUCUCUUUAACACAAGAAUACCCAAAGUGCGUAUUCUGGAGGAUGAAGAAGGCUCUAAAGAGAUUGAGCUGUCUGAUGACCCUUAUGAUUGUAUUCGACUUAAUGUGGAUGAUGUGCCCUGCAUCGUCACACUAAGCAAAAUUGGAUAUAGGCAUGUGGUGGAUGCUACCCUUCAGGAAGAAGCCUGUUCUUUGGCCAGCCUGCUUAUUUCUGUGACCAGUAAAGGUGCCCUCACUUCAAUGAAGAAAAUGGGGAAGGGUAGCCUGGAUCCUGAGAGUAUUUUUGAAAUGAUGGAGACGGGAAGAAGAGUAGGCAAGUCAUUGCACAUAGCCCUUCAGAAGAUUUUGGAUGAAGAAGAGAGCUUGGGGACCUCACGGCAGAAAGUUGGAUUUCUAGGAUGACUUUUUAUUAAAUGUUCAAAACUGUUUUUAA